AUGGUUGUCCAACACGGCGAUAGUCAUGAGAUUCCAGCGCACUUUCGGGUUCACAAGGCGGGCGCCUGGCUCCCAGCCGACCACAGAGUGCACCGCGCGUUCCUUCAACACGUAACCCGGCACGUGGACGCCCACCCGGCGGAGACGCUGACGCCGGCCGUGACGGCGUUCAAGGACUUCAUCGAAGGCACGCCGAGGAUCUACAUGUACUUUGUCCAGAUGUUUGACGAGAUCCCGCGCAAGCAUCCGUACUGGCGUGACCCGGCGGGCAUGAAGCAGAUUCGCGACUACAAGCAGAUGCUGCAGGUGCUCAAUCACAUCGUCACCCGGGCACCCGAAUGGACGGAUGAGGCGGAGCUCGCCGGCGUCGUCGGCGUGCCGAUGAGCGCCAUUUUCGACUACGCAAUGGGUACAGCGAGUGGACAUGCCGCCUUUCUCGACCCCGACGUGAACCGGAUGCUGAAAAGGGUGCUGAACGAGUGGGGAAAGUAUCUCCAGACGCCGGCGUCGGCCGAGGUGCUCGGCGACCGCAUCACCUGCUGGUUCGGAAAGACGGGACUGGGGGACCUCAUGGAGGUGGCGAACGCGCCGAACAACACGUCCCACCGGUUCGAGGACAUGUACAUCUGCGAUCCGACGUCGAAGCAUUACGGCUUCAAGUCGUGGGAUGACUUCUUCACUCGUCGGGUGCGCGACGAGGCACGUCCGGUGGCCUCGCCCGAGGAUGACAACGUCAUCGCCAACGCGUGCGAAUCCAAGGUGUACAACCUCGUCCGCGGCGUUCAUCUACGCGACAAGUUCUUCAUCAAAGGACAGCCCUACUCGCCGCUCGAUAUGCUCGCGCACGACCCGCUCGCGCACGAGCACUUCGCCGGCGGCACGGUCUACCAGGCCUUCCUCUCGGCGCUGUCGUACCACCGGUGGCACUCGCCCGUGAGCGGGACGGUGCGGCGGGCGUUCGUGCAGGACGGCACCUACUUUAGCGAGCCGCUCUUCGAGGGCCUCGGCGAUCCGUCGGUGCACGAGAUCGACACAAAGGGCAUCGUCGUCGCGCAGGGAUACCUCUCGGCGCUCGCGACGCGGGCCGUCAUCUUCAUCGACGCCGACAACCCGCGCAUCGGACUGAUGGCCUUUGUCGGCGUCGGCAUGGACGAGGUGAGCACGUGCGACAUCACGGUGCGGGAGGGUCAGAAGAUCAAGAAGGGCGACGAGCUGGGCAUGUUUCACUUUGGCGGUUCGAGCCACUGCUUGCUCUUCCGCGAGGGCGUCGAGGUUGACGGAUUUCCGGCCAUCGGGAGGACGACGAACGUGCCGGUGAGGGGCAAGCUCGCCGUCGUCAAGGGAUGA